CUUGGUCAAAUGAAUCCGAAAUAUAGUUCUUAUUGUAAGGUCGAUAAAUCCUUCCUUGUUGGAGGUAAAGUAGAUACAGUACUGAAACGAAUCUCCUCAGAUGCCGAUAUUGAUGGUGAUAAUGAUACGUUGGUGGGACAGCAAGCGAACUUUACCGAACAACCUGGUCAUGAUAUGAACAGUGAUUUUCAGGGUGUCUUGUCACAUCAACACUGUAUUAUUAACACUAACGGAGACGAGGUUGAUUUUACUGAUGCUGUACCUUAUAUAAGAACAUCGGCACAUCCUAUGGAAGAUGUAACAUCUAUAGUAUUCUGGCACAAGGAAAAUGCUGUGUCUGUACAGGUUGACAUCUACGAUGUCCCAGAUAUUAAACCUUGUAAAUAUCCUAAUGGAUUGCAUCAUGACACCAUGGACAUUACAGUAGGAAGUAAUACAGAACGUAAUAGGCUGAUCCGAAUAAGCUUAUUUGGUAAAGCGGUACAUAGAUAUGAUGCAAUUAUGUUCUCUAAAAUGUGUGAACUUAUUCAGGAUUACAUUGACUUCGUUAAAAGCCAACCUCCUGAGACUAGAAAAUGCCUUACGAUUGGUAUUAAUGUUAAUGAAGCAUUUAAUACUAAUCAUGAUUUCGAUAUAACAUUAAAGAUCUAUUGGAAUAUUGAGAAUGUCUGUAUGUGGCCUAAAUGCAUUAGAAGCGAUGGUAUUUGCUAUAUCAUAUCUCAAAAAACAUUAGGAUUAGAAGAUAUAGAAAGUCAAGUAAUUAUCAAGCCUCAGGAAGAGGAUCAUAUUAGGAAAGCUAUAUAUGAUGCUGCAGUAAAUGCCUCAAUUACUCAGGGCAUACAGUAUUAUCAUCCGCAAUCCAGCAUAGCUCUUCAGAUGGCAGAACAAGCUAAAUGGGCUACAUCGAUUGGCAUCUCACUUGUGUUAGAAACGUGCGGUAAAGGGGAUGGUGUCCCUAUGAUGACUUCAAAAGCUUGGAAUGCUAUGUUUCCACCUGACAGUCUAAAGAGUAUAUCAAAAAGCCCGAUGGUCAUUGCCAGCAGUAUAGUUGGCAAUAAUAUAUUAUAUGGCAAUGAAUUAGGUAGACUAAUGGGACCUGUAGAUAUUUUGCUUUUAUACGACUAUGCGGUCGAAAGCAGAGAAUUUAAUAUCAACGAAUGGUUUUCUGGUGCCAAAAACAAGAUAGCAAUCCUAUUCAAAUACAUGACACCAUUACAGGCAACAAGUUCAUUGGGAAAUGUCAUGAGUUAUGAGAUGAUUAAAGCCAAAUGUAGAGUAGAAGAAGUAAGCAGACGCUACUCUCAGGUAAAUAAAAAAAUGGCUGUAUGGAAGGAUUUGAGAGCAAUGUUACAUUACAGAGUUGUUGAUGCUGCUUUGCUUAAGGCAGUGCCAUAUACUAUGUUGACAGUUGAUGAGAUGGAUGUCAUCGGAUUUGCUACAGUGUUACAUGACAUGGUUGAUUUUGGAUAUGAUGUAAGUGUCAAGGAAUCAAGCAAUACAUUUUUAACUAUUGCGGGUGGUAAGAUAGACAUGGAUUCUGUAAAAAAAGGAUAUAUUCGUAUGGCAAAUGGGCUACAAUAUAUCAUCGAAAGAUACAAAUACGAUGCUUGUGGGUUGACAUUCCUAGCUACUCACUUCUGGCAAAUAGCUAAUGGACGUCAUCGAAUUAUUCCAUCAAUCUAUAAUGGUGCAACUAACUAUCAGCAUAAGUAUUUGGAACUGAAAAGUACAUUGCUUGAUGUAUUGCAAGAUGAUAAUAAUAUUACUAAGAAAGAUAGUAUCAGUGCAUUGGAAGCCGCAGAAAACCUUAGGGUUGCUGCUUUGUCAUUAGGAUAUGAUGCUAUAGCAAUUGCCAAACUUAUAACCAUAGAUAUUGCUGGUAGUUACGCUAGCGAUAUUGAAAUAUCUCCCCAAACUAUCAAUGUGAUCGAACGUAAAAUGUGUGAAUUAUCAGUAUCUCUUGCAAUAGGAUGUGACCCCGACGGCGAGAUGACCCCCUUUCUAUGGAUGAUAUGCGAGUAUAUGUGGUUGAAAACAGGCAUGAUGUUAUCUUGUUUGCUUGGCACAGUAAAGAUUAUGCAUAACAGAAGACAAUCAGAUGAUAGAGGCGGAUUAAAAUACAAUUGGUAA